AUGACCGGAAGUGCCCAAGGCGACAUACUGCGCAGCCUCGGUCUUGUGCAAGGAUUUGGCAUUCCCUGCUGGAAGUUCCAAGCUGGUGUCUCCAGCCGUACUUGUGCCUCUUUCAGACUGUCGAGCACUCGCAGGAGCAGAAGCUUGCAUUUUUUCACUGGUCUUGUGAUUUUGCUCUGGACCUGUCAAUCGAGUCUGUCGCUGACGUCUGGACCAGCAAAGUACUUCGGCAGCGUCAGCUAUUACCAUGGGCAUCGCUUGGAGGAUUCGAGGUAUCAACAUCUUGAUGCCUUGACAAUAAAACACAUUGAAACAGGGAUCAUUAUGUGGUCCUGUGCCAUUGAUGUUCGAGAGCAUGCAGGUCAUGAAGGUCUAAGAGACGGGGAUCAAGUCGUGUUUCAUUUCACAGACAAAGACUCCUUUCGGAAGAUCACGAGUCUUGAAGAUCCACAGCUCUUCGCGAGUAUGAAGAGAGACGACAGUGAUUUUGGCUACGGAUGUUAUGCCACCAUGAAAGCACCGCACGACUGGAAAAGCAAAAGUCAUACCCUCCUCAACAAUUAUUGGCCGGACGCGAAUACCAUUCAGAGUCUCAGAGGAAAGCCAUGGCGGAAAGGUGAGAUUUUGGAGGAUUUUGUGAAGGGAAAAGUGGGACAGUAUGUCAAUAAGAACUACUACGGCAAGGCAGAUUACUGCAUCCCGCUGAUCGUGGACAGACAGGUGGCCAAGAAUGUGAUGAAAGAAGACGCGGAUGCUCCAGCGAUGCCGAAUGGUACAAAGCGGCUGGCAGGCUGCAAUCGCCACGGUCAGAAGGAGCCAACUUGGCGAGAUGUUUGGGUGAUCUCUAUCUAUGAACAGACCAAGGAGGGUUGGAAAGUCAAGAGCGCAAAACAGCCAGCAGAUGCCGCCAUCAGGAAUCAAGAUGAGCAUGUGGCCAAUCUGGCGAAGUUCCAGCUGAAAGAAUAUCCUCACAUCCAAAAGGAGCUCUUGGGAAAGGUAAUUACAGAAAACCCAAGUGACUCUAUCGCCUACAACAACCUGGGCACCUUGCUCAAGGCCGGUGAAGAGAUCCAGGUUCAGCUGCAAGAGGGCCCUAGAACCUUUAACAGAAAGCAGCUCUACUUGAAAGCCAUCGAACUUGACAAUGCAUAUGCAUAUGCAUACUACAACCUGGGGAUCUUGGUCAAGGCCGGUGAAGAGAUCCAGGUGCAGCUGCAAGAGGGCCCUAGAAACUUUACCGAAAAGCAGCUCUACUUGAAAGCCAUCGAACUUGACAAUGCAUAUGUACGUGCAUACAGCAACCUGGGCACCUUGCUCAAGGCCGGUGAAGAGAUCCAGGUGCAGCUGCAAGAGGGCCCUAGAAACUUCAACGAAAAGCAGCUCUUCUUGAAAGCCAUCGAACCUGACAAUGCAUGUGCACGUGCAUACAACAACCUGGGUAAUUUGCUCAAGGCCGGUGAAGAGAUCCAGGUGCAGCUACAAGAGGGCCCUAGAAACUUUAACCAAAAGCAGCUCUUCUCGAAAGCCAUCGAACUUGACAAUGCACAUGCAUACGCAUACUGCAACCUGGGCACCUUGCUCAAGGCCGGUGAAGAGAUCCAGGUGCAGCUGCAAGAGGGCCCUAGAAACUUUACCGAAAAGCAGCUCUACUUGAAAGCCAUCGAACUUGACAAUGCAUAUGUACGUGCAUACAACAACCUGGGCACCUUGCUCAAGGCCGGUGAAGAGAUCCAGGUGCAGCUGCAAGAGGGCCCUAGAAACUUCAACGAAAAGCAGCUCUACUUGAAAGCCAUCGAACUUGACAAUGCAUAUGCAGGUGCAUACAACAACCUGGGCAUCUUGCUCAAGGCCGGUGAAGAGAUCCAGGUGCAGCUGCAAGAGGGCCCUAGAAACUUCAACAAAAAGCAGCUCUACUUGAAAGCCAUCGAACUUGACAAUGCAUUUGCAUAUGCAUACUACAACCUGGGGAUCUUGCUCAAGGCCGGUGAAGAGAUCCAGGUGCAGCUGCAAGAGGGCCCUAGAAACUUCAACGAAAAGCAGCUCUACUUGAAAGCCAUCGAACUUGACAAUGCAUAUGCACGUGCAUACAACAACCUGGGCAUCUUGCUCAAGGCCGGUGAAGAGAUCCAGGUGCAGCUGCAAGAGGGCCCUAGAAACUUCAACAAAAAGCAGCUCUACUUGAAAGCCAUCGAACUUGACAAUGCAUUUGCAUAUGCAUACUACAACCUGGGGACCUUGCUCAAGGCCGGUGAAGAGAUCCAGGUGCAGCUGCAAGAGGGCCCUAGAAACUUCAACGAAAAGCAGCUCUACUUGAAAGCCAUCGAACUUGACAAUGCAAAUGCAGGUGCAUACUACAACCUGGGGAUCUUGGUCAAGGCCGGUGAAGAGAUCCAGGUGCAGCUGCAAGAGGGCCCUAGAAACUUUAACCAAAAGCAGCUCUUCUCGAAAGCCAUCGAACUUGACAAUGCACAUGCAUACGCAUACUGCAACCUGGGCACCUUGCUCAAGGCCGGUGAAGAGAUCCAGGUGCAGCUGCAAGAGGGCCCUAGAAACUUUACCGAAAAGCAGCUCUACUUGAAAGCCAUCGAACUUGACAAUGCAUAUGCAUAUGCAUACUCCAACCUGGGGAUCUUGCUCAAGGCCGGUGAAGUGAUCCAGGUGCAGCUGCAAGAGGGCCCUAGAAACUUUACCCAAAAGCAGCUCUUCUCGAAAGCCAUCGAACUUGACAAUGCAGUUGCACCUGCAUACUACAACCUGGGCAUCUUGCUCAAGGCCGGUGAAGAGAUCCAGGUGCAGCUGCAAGAGGGCCCUAGAAACUUCAACGAAAAGCAGCUCUACUUGAAAGCCAUCGAACUUGACAAUGCAUAUGCACGUGCAUACAACAACCUGGGCAUCUUGCUCAAGGCCGGUGAAGAGAUCCAGGUGCAGCUGCAAGAGGGCCCUAGAAACUUCAACGAAAAGCAGCUCUACUUGAAAGCCAUCGAACUUGACAAUGCAUAUGCAGGUGCAUACAACAACCUGGGCAUCUUGCUCAAGGCCGGUGAAGAGAUCCAGGUGCAGCUGCAAGAGGGCCCUAGAAACUUCAACGAAAAGCAGCUCUACUUGAAAGCCAUCGAACUUGACAAUGCAUAUGCACGUGCAUACAACAACCUGGGCAUCUUGCUCAAGGCCGGUGAAGAGAUCCAGGUGCAGCUGCAAGAGGGCCCUAGAAACUUCAACAAAAAGCAGCUCUACUUGAAAGCCAUCGAACUUGACAAUGCAUAUGCAUAUGCAUACUACAACCUGGGGACCUUGCUCAAGGCCGGUGAAGAGAUCCAGGUGCAGCUGCAAGAGGGCCCUAGAAACUUCAACGAAAAGCAGCUCUACUUGAAAGCCAUCGAACUUGACAAUGCAAAUGCAGGUGCAUACUACAACCUGGGGAUCUUGCUCAAGGCCGGUGAAGAGAUCCAGGUGCAGCUGCAAGAGGGCCCUAGAACCUUUAACAAACAGCAGCUCUACUUGAAAGCCAUCGAACUUGACAAUGCAUUUGCAUAUGCAUACUACAACCUGGGGAUCUUGCUCAAGGCCGGUGAAGAGAUCCAGGUGCAGCUGCAAGAGGGCCCUAGAAACUUCAACGAAAAGCAGCUCUACUUGAAAGCCAUCGAACUUGACAAUGCAAAUGCAGGUGCAUACUACAACCUGGGGAUCUUGCUCAAGGCCGGUGAAGAGAUCCAGGUGCAGCUGCAAGAGGGCCCUAGAACCUUUAACAAACAGCAGCUCUACUUGCAAGCCAUGGAAAUGGGCGAUGCACUUCUGCGGAUGUGGUUUCUUUUAACGCAUAUCAACUGUCCAAGAAAUGGAAGGAGCUGA